AUGAAGGUCCGGAAUGCUUUGGCAUACACUGGAGUACUUGAAGAGCAGCCCUCGGAUUCCGAAAGCAGCCUUGGGGAGCACGCGGGUCAAAUGAGAAGCCUUGAACCGUCCGAGGCCGACAUCUAUUUGGAUGCGCUGUUUACGCCGCUGUAUUUCAAGCUGGAGCGCAUCCGAACGGAUGGCUCCUGCAAGACCCGACUUUCCGAUUACAGGCUGGUGUGCAUCUUCCUUCUUCUCAAUGUUUACAUGCAGCUUUCGAUUGCCUUGAAGAUUAAGCAAGUAGGAGAAGCAACCUACGGCGACAUCGGAAAGGAUUUGAUCGAAGUAACUUGUUGGAGAAUUUCAGACCAUCCUGAGUUCAUCGGAACUCUUUAUCCGCGUGACUUGCAGUAUAAUCGCUCCACUUUUGAUUUCGAUUGCCUCCAGCCAAUCUUGACCCUUUCCAUGUAUCCCAGCAGUGUGGACACCAACAAAGAUGGGUUCUGGUCGGAGGCAGAAGUGGCAGAAAAGCGAAGGAUUUUGACCUCCAGCAAGUUUGGCCGGGAGAACCCAAAAAUCGGCGACCUGGGCACUGUAAUGGAGAACAUGGCGAGGUAUGAUAUGAAGCAUCGCCCAACUUCCCGAUCACAGAGGCUCGGGAACGGCACAUUCUUACUGGACAUGGACUUCUUCGCGAACUACCGCGGGCACAUUCAGGCUUGUUUGGGCUACGACAAGAAUCUGUGCGGGAAUUUCGAGGCUUCACAGCACUUGCCGAAGAUGUUCAAAGAUUUCGAGUUGGUUGGGGAACGUGUGGACAAGUGCGAGGACGUUGUUGAUCAUUUUUGCCGGCAAGUCUACGGCAUGAACUACGAGUGGAUUGGUCACACGACCGCAGACAUCUGUGGCCAACCCAAGUUUCACAGAGCAGGGUCGGCGAAUCGAGUAACGUAUGAGGCAGUCAACACCUUCAAAGGAGAUUCGGAUUCAAUUUUAGGUUAUACCUUCAUCUCCUUCCUCGUCCUGCUGCUCUUUGUGUGGGUUAUGCUGAUAAUGUGUGAGUUCCGCAGUAUCUACAACUUCGUCUAUGUGAUUUGGUGCACGGCGUCCACGGAUCACUCCGACCGAGACUUUGCCAUGGAACAUGAGGGCGUGUACACAGUGACCAAGUUGCCAAAGGGCCACAAGAUCUUCGCCUUCUUUGGCAUCGCGCUGCCGCGGCUUGGUAUCGCUUGCGUUGUCCUGUACGUGGGCACCAACUUCCUGGCGGUCACCAAUAAUCUCCUGGAUCUCGUGCUGAACUGUACUGCGCUUGGCUUCCUCCUCGAGGUGGACAACAUGAUCCACAGCGCUUUGCUGGGCAGAAGCUUUGAGCUCAUGGUGAUGCAACGUUUUGAAGCGAUCACGGUCCCUUCCCUUAACCGGGGCUACGUGCAGGCCUAUGGGGCUUUGGUGUGUUCCUUGUCCUUCACGGCCGCUUUCAUCAUCUACACAUAUACGAACCCAUUUGGGUUGCAGGUCAUAGGCUUGGGUGUGCAAUGCCUCUGUCAGAUGACUGGAAAUUGCUUUGCGCAGCACCUCCUAGAUCUGGAGUAG